GAAAAGAAACACAGAAACCCUUUUUCUUUAAAUUCGAACCCUACCUUUCCUUUGAUUUUCCCGAUCAAAGAAGUCAGAGAAUCUCUCCUCGCUACACUUUUGCGAUUCUUGAAUCGAUUUCUCUGUUCCUUGGAUUUCUCUCUUCAAUGGAAGCUAUAUUCACUUCAGUUUACGUAUCCAAUCUCCCCGAGGCAAAGCCUUCUUUGCCGCCGCCUUCAUCUCCGUCUUCUUCUUUUCUGUCUUCUCGUUGGUUGUGCGAUUCGCCGACCAAGCGAAUCGCCAAACUGAGACUCAGCCAUGGACCGAGUCAUGGGUUUCGCCUGCGGGCUCUCUUCAACGACGAGACUCCAAGCGAAGGAGAUGAUAAUUUGGCGGGGAGCAAUGGGUUUAGCUCGUUUUCCGGCGAUAUUCUCUCUUUAUCUCAGGAAAUGUUAGGCGGUGAUCAAAGUGAGGAAAACAAUGCUCAUAAGAUAAUCGACGUCGAGACAUCUCUUGUGCUUCCUCAUGGGGUUGGCAAUGCUGGAGGAACUCGAGCAGGGCUUUUUAGGACACCGAUUUCUGGUGGCGUUCAGAGUGCAACCUCUGCUCAUGGGCUGCCUCGGCCAGCUUUAGCUGUCCGGAAUUUGAUGGAGCAGGCCAGGUUUGCUCAUCUGUGCACUGUGAUGUCUAAGAUGCACCACCGCAGAGAAGGGUACCCAUUUGGCUCUUUGGUGGAUUUUGCUCCUGAUCCGAUGGGACAUCCAAUAUUUUCAUUUUCGCCAUUGGCCAUCCACACACGAAAUCUCUUGUCUGAACCUCGAUGCACUCUUGUUGUUCAGAUACCUGGAUGGAGCGGCUUAUCAAAUGCAAGAGUAACACUUUUUGGUGAUGUGUACCCGUUGCCAGAAGAUCAGCAGGAAUGGGCUCAUAAGCUGUAUAUUGCAAAACAUCAACAAGGGCCUUCCCAGCAGUGGGGAAACUUUUACUAUUUCAGAAUGCAGAACAUAAGUGAUAUCUAUUUCAUCGGAGGUUUUGGCACUGUUGCUUGGGUCAAUGUCAAAGAGUAUGAGGCUCUUCAGCCAGAUAAAAUAGCUGUCGAUGGAGGCGAGCAAAAUCUUAAGGAACUGAAUGCUAUCUUCUCAAAACCACUGAGAGAGCUCUUGUCUGCUGAAAGUGAGGUAGAUGAUGCUGCUCUCAUUUCCAUAGAUUGCAAAGGAAUUGAUAUACGGGUCCGCCAAGGCGCUCAGUUCAACAUACAAAGGCUAUCCUUUGAUGAAGGCCAUGAGGUUGAAACGUUAGAAGAAGCAAAAACUGCUCUCUGGAAAGUGGUAAAGAAGGGGAAGGUGGUGCAUAAUUUGCAGAAAUGACGGAUGUUGAAGUCGUUUCAUUCGUAUCAGACGCCGCCUCACAAGGGGAUAUCAGUCCAAAGGGUAAAUGUGUAUCUUUAAUCUCAACUCCCGAAAUAGCUUAUCUGGCGAAUAAAUUCUACUGCUUGUUCCCUGUUGGGGUCAUUUUGGUUCCUUCUUCCCCCUGGUUCUGUGAUGAGUUAACUAUGUAAAAAAAAAUAAACAGACUGCAGAAGUUUUGGUUUUGCACAUUGCCUGCCCUUGCCUUUGUUGAUCUUGAUCAAGUUAAAGCCUUGAAGGAGAUAGGUAAGUUUUCACUGGUUGGCCUUUGAUGCUCACCAGGUUGACAAUACAUAUUGCCCUCUGAUGUAGAGUUUAGUGUGUUGUACUUGUUUUUGGUGACUGUUGAGGUUAGACCUUGAAUGAGUUUUUAAGGUAAUAACAAUGUAUUAUGCUCUUC